CGAGCCUGGAGUUGUGUGGCAGCUUGAACUCUGCUCAAACUACACGAAAUUCCAGUCAUCCUCUCAGGAUUUUGUUUGCCUUAGUUAUCUACACAGCGGGUAAAAAUAGAAACUGCGAUGGAGUUUGGCAUGUUGUGGAUGGUUUGUUGUUGACAAGUGCUAUACAGAGCUCCAGUGCUCCUCCGGAAUGGCAUCAAAGUCCAAAGGGGCGUCUUCCGGGUAGCCCACCGACCACGAGGGCCCGUGCCUUAGACAUGCAGGCGUGGGCGGCCGCCUUCCUGACGCUAUGCACGUGGAUACGGGCCGACGUUUCCCCGGGACAGCGCACCUGUCCUCCGGGUCCCCGCAGUCAGGUUGACUUCUCGGUCAAGUACCAGCUGCCCCAUUUCCAAACGGCGCACCCCAUACAGAAUGUGGCGGCCAACCCGUUCACCCCAGAGGUAUUCGUCGGCUCGCGGAACAUAGUGGAGGCGCUGGACGACGAGCUGAGCAAAUUAUGGGAGGUGAAAACAGGGCCGGUGGGGAGUCCGGAAUGUAAAACCUGCCACCUGUGCAACAUUGAAGUCGAUCCCAGCGAUCCGGUGGACACGGACAAUGUGGUGCUGCUCUUGGAUGCGGCGCUGGCUUUCCUGCCCUACCUGUACGUAUGCGGCAGUACGCAACACGGCAUCUGUUUCUUCAUCGACAUCGAGGCCAUGCCGCCAAAGCCUCUGUGUUUGUACAAAGAAAAGCAAAACUCCCCCUCGUACUGCCCGGACUGUCUGGCCAGUCCGCUGGGCACCAAGGUCACCAUUGUGGAACAGGCGGCCACGUCCUACUUCUUCGUGGCGGCCUCUGUUAAUGACAAAGUAGUACAGAAGUUCCCCCGCAGGUCGGUUUCCGUGGUGAGGCCGCUCUCGACCGAAGACGGAUUCCAAAUGGUGAUGGAGGGCCUUACGGUGCUGCCCCACCUGAGGGAGUCGUACAGCGUCGAUUACAUCUACAGCUUCUCCACCCGCGACUUUGUCUAUUUCCUCUCCCUGCAGAGGGAGAACCCCUCCAAGGACGAUUCGGCAUUUCAGACCCGUUUAGGGCGGCUGCCCGUGGGGACUCACGAGGUGUGGACGUACCGGGAGCUGGUGCUGGAGUGCAGGUACGAGCCCAAGAGGCGGCGAAGGGAGCCCUUCAGGGACAUCGUGUACAACGGACUCAUUGCGGCUUACUUCGGCCGUGUGGGAAAGGAUCUGGCUACCGAGCUGUGGGUGGACGAGACCGAGGAAGUCCUCUACGGUGUGUUUGAGCAGGUGAGCGUGGCGGGAGAACCCCAAAAGAACUCGGCCCUGUGCGCCUUCUCCUUGAGCGACGUCAACAGUAAGAUUGACAAAGGCGUCGAAGACUGCUGCAGGUCCGGACAGGAACAAUUAUCCAGAGGAUUGUGUCACUUUCAGACAUGCGAGAACUGCCCACAUGAGUCAGGGAACGACACUUGCACUGAAAAACCCACGCUGGUGUCAAAACCGUACUACAGAAUAGACAUCUUCAACCGGCAAAUGAGGGAUGUCCUCUUCACGUCCAUCCUGGUUACCAUUAAUGGGAGACAGACCCUGGGCCACUUCGGGACUUCGGACGGAAGAAUUCUACAGGUCAUUCUUACAGUGGACACACCCUUCGUUUUUGCCAACUACUCUCUCGGAGACAUGCCAAUAUCAAGGACAGCAACUGUGUACAAUGAUGACUCGCUUCUUUUUGUGGCUAGAAAUCAGUUGUUUAAGGUGCCGACCAUAGGACCGGGCUGUACACAUUUUGUGACGUGCUCCAUGUGUUUGACGGCUCCGCGCUUCAUGAACUGCGGCUGGUGCUCGGGAAUCUGCUCGAGGCAAGAUGAGUGCGCCUCGCUGUGGAAUAAACAUUCUUGUGCGCCAGUCAUAACAGAGUUUUACCCCAAAACGGCGCCAGCUGGUGGGGAAACCGAGCUGACACUUUGCGGCAGAGAGUUUCAAGCUCCUCUGAGACGCCCCAUCAUCAACGGUAUCACCCACACUGUCACUGUGGGCUCAGGGACAUUGUGUACAGUCCUCCCUGACAAAAGUAGAAGCCAAGUGCUCGUAUGCAAGCUGAAGAAGAAAGUGUCAAACCACAAUCUGACAAUCACACUGGAGGUGCACGAGGGGAACGCGAGGGCCGAGUACACCAUCGAAGGCACAGCUCGGGUGUCUGGCUUCUCUAUUGUGGAGCCCGACAUAAUACAAAUUAGACCUGAGCAUGGCCCUGUUUUUGGCGGUACGCUGGUCACACUGACGGGCCACAACCUUGAUUCUGGGAUGCAGAGAGAAGCCUUCAUAGCAGAAAAAAAGUGUCACAUUGAAGGUGUUUCUCUGGAAGGAAGUGGGAAUUGGUCUUCAAUUGUGUGCCUCAGCGCGGCUGCGACAAACGUUGGGAGUGUUCCCGUCAAAGUCGUCAUCGACAACUUCGAAGUCACCACCACUAAGGCAUUCAUCUAUAAGAAAAACCCUGUUAUAACCUCUGUGUAUCCUAACUGCAGUUUGGGCAGUGGCUCCAAGUUGGUGAUCAUGGGUCAGAAUCUUGACUCUGCACACAAAACUGUGCUCCAGUACAUGUCCAAUAUCACCCCAUGGAGCCCCCGAGAACAGGAAUGUAACGGCACUAGGAACGCUACCCAAAUGACGUGCCAGGCCCCCGUGUUUCCAUUUGACAUGUCAGAAGACAGGUCAAACACUGGGCAGCUUUUCAUUCACAUGGACGGCUUGGACGUGUGGCACAGACGUUUUGACUACCACCCAGACGUCAAAGUCAUCCCGUUUGAAAGUGAAGACAACAUGUUGCUCCUUAAACCGGGAGAGACUGAAGUUUCGCUGCACCAUCACAAACUGAACAGAGUGAACUCGUGCAUGAAGAUAAUCAUGGCAAUUGGGGGCAUGGACUGUAACGCCCAAGUUCUCUUGAAUGAGCUGACCUGCAGGAUUCCUAAGAGCCAAGUGAUCCCCAGCGAAGGAUUGCCUGUCAGGGUCUCUGUGAAUGGCGAACCCCACGAUGUGGGCAUUGUCCUCUAUGAGGACGACAAUCACGACUCGGUCAUCGCCGCCAUUGUGCUGGGUGUCAUCUUCGCCUCGGUGGCGGGCGCCGGAAUCGCCCUAGUUGUUAUGAUUCAUUUGAGGAGGAAGAAGCGAGCCAUCAUCGAGAGUCGUUUAAACGCCAGGCUGUCGAUGAACCGCAUGGGCAGCCACGCUGAAAUGUCGCCGACGGGCGACUACAGGCAGGUAGAUUCCAGCCAAAUGUCCGCAUCGGGAGGAAUGGCCUUUCAAGGUCUGCUGUAUGCCGCCAGCUACGACCACCUCGUCGUUCCGCUGAUUCAGCGGAACAGCGUCUCAAUGAUCAGCCUCAGCUCGGACCUGCUCGACGAGGUCAAAGAUGUCCUCAUCCCUGCUGAGAUGCUCAGAAUUGAAGAUAGUCAGAGCAUUGGCAAAGGUCACUUUGGGACUGUGUAUCAUGGAUAUCUGAAGGACAGCAAUAAGCAAGAGAUCCACUGUGCUGUUAAAUCACUGAAUCGGAUCACAGAUUUAAAGGAAGUGGACCAGUUUCUCAGAGAGGGAAUCAUUAUGAAGGGCUUCCACCAUCCCAACAUUCUGUCUCUGCUUGGCAUCAUGCUGCCCAAAGAAGGGCUGCCCCUGGUGGUGCUGCCUUACAUGAAGCACGGCGACGUGCGGCAUUUUAUCCGCUCGCCGGAGAGGAAUCCAACAGUAAAAGACCUCAUAGGCUUUGGACUGCAGGUUGCCAAGGGGAUGCAGUAUUUAGCACAGAAGAAAUUUGUGCAUAGAGACCUGGCAGCACGCAACUGCAUGCUUGAUGAGACCUUCACCGUGAAGGUGGCAGACUUCGGGAUGGCACGUGAUAUUUACGACAAGGAGUACUACAGUAUUCAAGACCACCAGAGGGCAAAGUUACCCGUCAAGUGGAUGGCCAUCGAAAGCUUGCAGACACAGAAGUUCACCACCAAGUCGGACGUGUGGUCCUAUGGCGUGUUGUUGUGGGAGCUGGUGACCAGAGGGGCCAGUCCAUACCCAGAAGUGGACCCCUAUGACAUCACGCACUAUUUACUAAGGGGCCGUCGGCUACCUCAGCCACAGUAUUGCCCCAAUACUCUCUAUUCCAUCAUGCUGGCAUGUUGGGACCCGGAGCCUGAACGUAGACCGACGUUCCUCAGCUUGGUCGCCGAUGUGCAGCACAUCCUGUCCUGUCUCACUGGAGAGCACUACAUUAACCUGAAGGUCAACUACGUCAAUUUAGACCAAGCCAGGGCGUACCCCUCACUGACUGCAUCCGCGGAUGAGGCCGAGGGCUCGGAGUCAGACACAAGCGGCCAAGAUGGCAGCUGAGGACCACUAAAAAUGAUAAGAACACACGAUCCAGCUCUUCAGGAUUCCAGAGAGAGACUUACUGGAAGUUCUUUUAUUUAUCAUGUAUUGUCUGGAUUAGGAGACACUGUAUGUACUGCGUGACUAAGGCUGGAUUUACACCGUGUGGUUCAAGAGACACAAUUGCAAUUUUUUUGCUGGCACAUUUGGGAAAUGCGUCAUGGCAAUGUACUGUAAAUAAACAAAGUGGAUAAAAAUGUGGAUACGCACCGUAUCAGAUACAAGUGCAGUGUAAUUGCACAGAUUGGCUAUACCCCGAAGCAAGCGCAGCAUCGACUUGCAGAUCGGAUACGCCCCGUCAACGUGUGUUCAGCAUAAGGGCAAGUGUGGCAUAAACGCACACACAAAAAAAACAUAGAACCUGAAAUAACGAUGGUGGCGUCUUACAAAUUUACUUACUCAUUGUGGAAUCUGGUCCUGUUUCGUUAAGCUGCACUAACUAUAUUCCCAAAAGUAUUCGCUCCCCUGCCUUGGCUCACACAUUAAUUUAAGUGACAUCCCAUUCCUAAUCCAUAGGGUUCAACAUCAUUCCACCCUUUGCCGCUAUAACAUCUUAAACUAUUCUGGGAAGGCUGUCCCACAAAGUUGGGAGCGUGGACUUUUCCAAAUUCUCUUGGUACGCUGAAACCAUUCCGAGUUCCUUUCACUGGAACUAAGGGGCUAAGCCCGGCUCCUGAAAAGCAACCCCGCAAAAAUUACACUUGGCACAAUGCAGUCAGACAAGUACCGUUCUCCUGGCAACCACCAAACCCAGGCUCGUCCAUCAGAUUGCCAGAUGGACAAGCGUGAUUCGUCACUCCAGAAAACGCAUCUCCACUGCUCUGGAGUCCAGUGGAGGCGUGCUUUAUACCACGACAUCCGACGCUUUGCAUUGCACUCGGUGAUGUAUGGCUUGGAUGGAGCUGCGCAGCCAUGGAAACUCAUUCGAUGAAGGUCUCUGCGCACUGUUCUUGAGCUAAUCUGAAGGCCACAUGAAGUUUGGAGGCCUGUCGCGAUUGACUCAGCAGAAAGUUGGCAACCUCUUCGCAUUCUGUCCCUCAGCUUCCGCUGACCCCGCUCCGUCAGUUUACGUGGCCUACCACUUCGUGGCUUAGUUGCCGCCAUUCCCAAACGUUUCUCCGUUCUUACAAUACAGCUGACAGUCGACUGUGGAAUAUUUAGGAGCGAGGAAAUUUCACGACUGGACCUGUGCUACAGGUAGCAUCCUAUCACAGUUCCGCACUAGAAUUCACUGAGUUCCUCACAAAUACUUGCACGUGUAUGUAUCACUUGAAAUGUACAUGGAAAUAAAUGUGCACAAAUUGCCAAUUGGGCGCUUGGACCUGCAGUAUACAGUAAAUCCAGCCUAUGAUUGGUGGGAUCUUGUUACAACAAAUGAUCUUGAGCAAAACAGAGCUUGAAAUAAAAAAAAUGAAAAGAAGAUGUGAAAUACAAGUAAGGCCAAAUGAAUGUAAACUUUAGUCUCCGGGUAGACUUAUUCAGUCAUGUAAAGUACUUCGGCAUUAAGCGAAUGCUAACUCAGGGGACAACUUUUGUGGAUGUAAUUCAUCAUUUCUCUGAAUAUGGAUCAUGUGAAAGCAGUGCACUGGAUGAAGACAAACUAGUUGUAGUAGUGUGCCUUAUGCAUUAGCAGGGGUUCUCAAACUGGGAUCCCGGGACCCCAGGUGUUUGCAAGCUGUAGCUUUGGGGUCCACAAAAUAAUUUGCAAUAAAUUAUGUGAUAUCAUU